AUGGAGGAUCACCGCCGAGCCAAAAGCACCCUCUUACCAUUCAACAGAAACACUGCCACCCCCACUUUUGGCACCGGCGACGGCAACGGCGAUGCAGACUUCGACAGUGCCUUGUUCUUACCAAUCGUCAGCAACCACUUUUACACUAUGCAAGCACAAGCCGAAGCAAUGGCACAAUUUAGCAUCUACAAGGCCUUGGUUAUCGCCUUCAUCGUCGCGGUUGUCACCGUAUUUGCACAGGAUAGUGGGAUGGCACUAGCGGCGUCGCCAGACGCUGGAGCGACGUUUUCUCGGCCGAUUUUCGGCGUCGUGAUCGAGACUUCUCUCAUUGUCCUGUUCUUUCUGUUUAGACAUUAA